AUGAAUUUUAUCCCAAGGGAGUACAGUAGGCAACAAGUGAAGAAGCUAUUGACUGAUGCAAAGUACUACAUUUGGGAAGAACCAUACCUUUUUAAAAGGUGCUCAGAUGGAAUCAUCCGGAGAUGUGUUCCAGAUGAAGAAAAACAACAGAUUCUUUGGCACUGUCAUGGUUCUGAGUCUGGAGGCAACUUUGGUGGUGAAAGGAUAGCUACAAAGGUCCUUCAGAGCGGGUUUUUCUGGCCGACUCUCUUCAGGGACUCAAUAGCAUUUGUAAAGCACUAUAACAGAUGUGAAAAAGCCACAAAUCUCCCUGCCAACCAUGAAAUGCUACAGCAGGGGAUUCUUGAGGUUAAAUUGUUUAAUGUGUGGGGUAUUGAUUUCAUGGGACCUUUCCCACCCUUACAUUCAAAUAACUAUAUUCUAGUGGCAGUUGACUAUGUGUCCAAGUGGGUGGAAGCUGUAGAUUUGCCCACCAAUGAUGCCAAAGUGAGAUAUGGAGUCCGUCAUAAAGUGGUAACCCCCUAUCACCCUGAGACAAGUGGACAGGUUAAAGUUUCCAACAGGAAACUUAAGAGGAUUCUAGAGAAGACCGUCAGUGUUUCAAGAAAGGACUGGUCUAGGAAGCUUGAAGAUGCUCUCUGGGCUUACCGAAUAGCGUACAAGACUCCCAUUGGCAUGUCCCCUUAUCAGUUAGUCUAUGGCAAAGCCUGUCACUUGCCAGUUGAGCUGAAGCAUAAAGCUUACUGGGCAAUCAGGUAUCAUAAUCUUGAUUUAGAAGCGGCAGGAAUCAAACAAAUGCUUCAGUUGAAUGAGCUUGAUGAAGUCAGAUAUUCAACCUCUGAGAAUGCCAAGCUCUAUAAGGAGAAAACCAAGCUAUUGCAUGACAAAAAGAUUGCCAUUAGAGUCUUUGAGCCAGGACAAAGAGAGUUUGAUAUUGAGAUAAAAGACAGGAAAGGGUCAGAGAAUCAAGUAGCUGACCAUCUAUCAAGAAUUGAGCCUGAAGCAGGAGUACAACCACCCACAGCUGUGACUGAGACGUUUCCGGAUGAACAAUUGUUCCUCAGUCAGCAGGCUCCAUGGUUUGCAGACAUUGCAAAUUAUAAGGCCAUGAAUUUUAUCCCAAGGGAGUAUAGUAGGCAACAAGUGAAGAAGCUAUUGACUGAUGCAAAGUACUACAUUUUGGAAGAACCAUACCUUUUUAAAAGGUGCUCAGAUGGAAUCAUCCGGAGAUGUGUCCCAGAUGAAGAAAAACAGCAGAUUCUUUGGCACUGUCAUGGUUUUGAGUAUGGAGGCCACUUUGGUGGUGAAAGGACAACUACAAAGGUCCUUCAGAGCGGGUUUUACUGGCCGACUCUUUUCAGGGACUCAAGAGCAUUUGUAAAGCACUGUGACAGAUGUGAAAAAGCCAUGAAUCUCCCUGUCAACCAUGAAAUGCCACAGCAGGGGAUUCUUGAGGUUGCGUUGUUUGAUGUGUGGGGUAUUGAUUUCGUGGAACCUUUUCCACCCUCACAUUCAAACAACUAUAUUCUAGUGGCAGUUGACUAUGUUUCCAAGUGGGUGGAAGCUGUAGCUUUGCCCACCAAUGAUGCCAAAGUGACAAGUGGACAAGUUGAAGUUUCCAACAGGGAACUUAAGAGGAUUCUAGAGAAGACCGUCAGUGUUUCAAGAAAGGACUGGUCUAGGAAGCUUGAUGAUGCUCUCUGGGCAUACCGGACAGCGUACAAGACUCCCAUUGGCAUGUCCCAUUAUCAGUCGGUCUAUGGCAAAGCCUGUUACUUGCCAGUUGAGCUGGAGCAAAAAGCUUACUGGGUAAUCAGGUAUCUGAAUCUGGAUUCAGAAGCGGCAAGAAUCAAGCGAAUGCUUCAGUUGAAUGAGCUUGAUGAAUUCAGAUAUUCAGCCUAUAAGAAUGCCAAGCUCUAUAAGGAGAGAACCAAGCUACUGCAUGACAAAAAGAUUGCCAUCGGAGUCUUUGAGCCAGAACAAAGAGUGUUUCUAUAUAAUUCAAGGCUCAAAUUCUUUCCUGGAAAGCUGAAAUCCCGAUGGUCAGGACUGUUUGUGGUUACCAGAGCUUCACCAUAUGGUCAUGUAGAAAUACAAGAAGAGAAUUCUGACAGGAAAUUUAUAGUGAAUGGCCAGAGGUUGAAGCACUAUCUUGGAGGCGAGAUUGAUCGCCAGAGGUCCACUCAUCUGCUGAACUAG